UCCACCAUCAGAGCUUCUCUUGUUUUGUACAAGCCCUAGAGAUCAACUACUUGCAGAUACUCUUCCUAGAAAAACAGUUCAUAAAUAUCAUGGGUAUCCGCUUGCCAGGAAUUGUUCAUGCUAAGCAAGCUAUUAGAAGGGUUCUCUCAUCUCCAGCAGCUACAGAUGUGCCCAAGGGCCACUUUGCCAUUUAUGUUGGAGAAACUGAAAAGAAGCGAUUUGUUGUUCCGAUUUCAUGUUUGAAGCACCCUUCAUUCCAGAACCUGCUAAACCAGGCUGAAGAGGAGUUUGGGUUUGAUCAUCCAAUGGGUGAUCUUACAAUACCAUGCAAUGAAGAAACCUUCAUUGAUCUGACCUGCAGUUUGAGUUUCUCAUAAGCAAGAAGAAAGAUGCCAAAAUGAUGAUUCACCAAAUAGGAACAAUCUUACACCAUUGACUCAAUAACAAACCUUUUGAAAUAGGAGAGUAAAUGAGUUUGGUUCUUGGUAAAGCCAAUGUAAAGUCAUGUACUAUUAUUUUUCCCCUUGAAUCAUUCCGGGAUUCGAAUGUUUUUGUGUCAAUUGAAUAACAUGACAUUUUUUGGGGUUAUUAUUAAUGGAAUAGCUCUUUCA